UACACAGCACGUGCUGGAGGCAAUUAAUUAUCAGAAUGCGGCCGUAUCGAAAAGCACCCUGGGCACUGGGAGACUCUGGCAGCUACGGAAAGUUGCAGCCCCUGGUAACGCCUUGGGGUUCUUUGAGCAGCAUCCCACAGCUGCCAACCCUCUCCUGCGGCUGCACUUCGGAGAGCUGCACCCUCUCUCAGUUAAGCCGGAUCGUCGGUGACCACAACGCCCCACCCAUGACGAUGCUCCUGGACGGAGGACCGCAGUUCCCGGGGCUGGGAGUAGGCAGCUUCGGGGCGCCGCGCCACCACGAGAUGCCCAACCGUGAGUCAGCUGGCAUGGGGCUGAAUCCCUUCGGGGACUCAACCCACGCGGCUGCCGCAGCUGCUGCCGCCGCUGCCUUCAAGCUGAGCCCGGCCGCGGCGCACGAUUUGUCUUCUGGCCAGAGCUCGGCGUUCACGCCGCAGGGUUCGGGCUAUGCCAACGCCCUGGGCCACCACCACCACCAUCAUCACCAUCAUCACCACGCCAGCCAGGUGCCCAGCUACGGCGGUGCUGCCUCCGCAGCCUUCAACUCUACGCGCGACUUUCUGUUUCGCCAGCGCAGCUCUGGGCUCAGCGAGGCGGCCUCGGGCAGCGGGCAGCACGGGCUGUUUGCGGGUUCCGCCAGCAGCCUACAUGCUCCAGCUGGCAUUCCUGAGCCCCCUGGCUACUUGCUGUUUCCUGGGCUGCAUGAGCAAGGGGCCGGACACCCUUCGCCCACUGGGCACGUGGACAACAACCAGGUCCAUCUGGGGCUGCGUGGGGAGCUCUUUGGUCGCGCCGACCCGUACCGCCCGGUAGCCAGCCCGCGCACGGAUCCCUAUGCGGCAGGCGCCCAGUUUCCGAACUACAGCCCCAUGAACAUGAACAUGGGCGUGAACGUGGCGGCCCACCAUGGCCCGGGCGCCUUCUUCCGUUACAUGCGGCAGCCUAUCAAGCAGGAGCUGUCGUGCAAGUGGAUCGACGAGGCUCAGCUGAGCCGACCCAAGAAGAGCUGCGACCGGACCUUCAGCACCAUGCACGAGCUGGUGACGCAUGUCACCAUGGAGCAUGUGGGGGGCCCGGAGCAGAACAACCACGUCUGCUACUGGGAGGAGUGCCCCCGCGAGGGCAAGUCCUUCAAGGCGAAGUACAAACUGGUCAACCAUAUCCGUGUCCACACGGGCGAGAAGCCCUUCCCGUGCCCUUUCCCAGGCUGCGGGAAGAUCUUCGCGCGCUCUGAGAACCUCAAGAUCCACAAGAGAACCCACACAGGUGAGAAACCGUUCAAAUGUGAAUUUGAAGGCUGUGACAGACGCUUUGCCAACAGCAGCGACCGCAAGAAGCACAUGCAUGUGCACACCUCGGAUAAACCAUAUAUCUGCAAAGUGUGCGACAAGUCCUACACGCACCCGAGUUCCCUGCGCAAACACAUGAAGGUCCAUGAAUCUCAAGGGUCAGAUUCCUCCCCUGCUGCCAGUUCAGGCUAUGAAUCCUCCACUCCACCCGCCAUAGCUUCUGCAAACAGUAAAGAUACCACUAAAACCCCUUCUGCAGUUCAAACUAGCGCCAGCCACAACCCUGCACUUCCUCCCAAUUUUAACGAAUGGUACGUCUGAGGACAAACACAAACACACACCCUGUUAACAGUAGAACGGACCAAAUGCAUUUUACAAAGGAAACUGAGACCAAUGAAACGGAAAUGGAGUUUUAAUGCAAGAGGCUAUACAUAGGGCUACAUCUUGUUCAUUGCAAUUGUCCAGGAAGGUUUUGGGCAAGAUCCAAAAGUAACCCAAGCCCUUUUCUCAGGAUAAGAAAAUGUUUUGACAUUUGAAGGAUUUUUUUUCUUUUGCAAAAUCUUGUCACUGUUUUUUCCUCCCCUUCCUCUUGCUCUCUGCACAUUCCAUCCUUAAACUCCUUAAAUUCAUUUAAAUGCUUGUCCUGUUUCUUGAGAGGAAGUUACAGAAGGCUUGGUGGUGGUGCUGAUGUUACCCUGAUGGAAAUUCUUCGCCUUAGUGGUGAUUGUUUAAACUCUCACAGUCUUAAACCGUGCCAAAGUCCUGUUAUGUCUUGAACUUUUCCUCAAAGCAUUACACUUGUGAAUGUAUCUUUGUCUAAUGGGGUCGAAACUGUUGUUCAGUAUUUUUUCAGGCUGAGGAUGUGAUGUUACGCUGCACAGAUUGUGAUGUUUAGUAUACAAUUGCCUUUUGUAAUAACUUUUCUUUGUAAAUACAUAUCCAUUGAUGCCAUAUUUAUCGUUUGUAAUUUAAUUAUUGCUACAAGUGCCGGGAACUGAACAAUAUUUAUGGAGAAAUGUUUUCUAACAAAUUCUGUACAGCUUUUGAUUAUAACUGCUUUAGCAUUAAAAGUUUAUUGUUUUGAAAGACGAACACAGAAGUUACAAUUUU